GCCGCUUCCCCAACCCGCCCUCCCCUCCUCGUUUCUCUCGAUCUCUCCAGCUCUCCUCCCCCCUUCAACUUGUCUCCCAAAACCGCCAGCCGCCGGCCCGCCCGCUUGCUCCGCUCCCAAGGAGGCACUCGCCCGCCGGCCGAGACGCCUCUCUGCCUGAGGAGCUAACUGCCUUAGGCCGCUUCCUUCCCCCCCUUGCCCCCGCCGUGCCCAGGAGCGGGAGAAGGGGACCAAAAUUGGCGCCGCCUCGCCGAUUCGAGCCGUUCCUUGGCUUCGGGCAGGCAGGGCUCCGAUCCCAUCGGCCGGCGCGAGGCGUGAUGUGCGGCGGAUCGGAGCAUGGACGUGAUCGCGUCGUCUCCGCCCAGUAGAAGCUGCUGCUGCUGCUGCUACCGCCUAAGGCGGGUGCCGUCGGCGUGGGAGGAAGAGGGGCGGUAGUUGUUGCGCGUCCUGCUGCUGCUGCUGCUGCCGCGGACUUGACGAUGUACAUAGCGCGGGAGACUUCAAAGGUAUGGAGGAAGGUGACCACAGAGAUAUCGGUGGAGCUGCAGCUCCUGCGCGACAAGUGGGGGCUCCUACUCGCCGGUCUGAUUUUUCAGUAUAUUCAUGGAUUGGCUGCUCGAGGAGUGCAUUAUUUGCAUCGACCUGGACCACUGCUCCAGGACUUGGGAUUUAUGGCCCUUCCAGAGCUCGGGCAAGACAAAGGUUAUCUUAGUGAGAGUAUAUUUUCUUCCAUCUUCAUCUCCUUUGUCUUGUGGACUUUCCAUCCUUUUAUUUAUCACAGCAAACGUUUCUAUACUGUGCUAAUCUGGCGCAGGGUGCUUGCUUUUUUAGUUGCUUCACAAUUUUUAAGGAUUAUUACAUUCUAUUCGACCCAGCUCCCAGGUCCAAAUUAUCAUUGUCGUGAGGGCUCAAAACUGGCAACUCUUCCACCACCCAAUAGUGUACUUGAAGUGCUCCUGAUUAACUUUCCUCGUGGAGUACUUUAUGGUUGUGGUGAUUUGAUAUUUUCAUCUCACAUGAUUUUCACCCUGGUUUUCGUUCGAACUUACCAUAAAUAUGGUUCGAAAAGGUUUAUUAAGUUCCUUGCUUGGUUCAUGGCUAUAAUUCAGAGUCUCCUUAUAAUUGCUUCUCGCAAGCACUACUCCGUUGAUGUUGUUGUUGCAUGGUAUACCGUAAACUUAGUAGUAUUCUUUGUUGACAACAAGCUGCCAGAAAUGCCGGAUCGGACGAGCGGGCUACCUUUGCUUCCAUUAAGCUCCAAAGAUAAAGAGGCCAGGCAGAAGGAGGAGAAAGACAGUAAACUGAAGGAUGAGUUCCACAAGUUACUGAAUGGGAACCAUGUGGAUGCUACUGAUCGGCGACAGCGGGCACAGAUGAACGGGAGGCACGACGAAGACAUCAAUCACGCGCUCUCCGAGGCCACUGCCAACGGCACGUAGGGGGCUGGCGGCAUCUGCUUUUCGCCGGGAGCUUUGUCCUUGGCGCUCGGAGGAGAAUCCUCGCGGGUGCCGAGAAAAACUGCCCGGUUUCGGCCGGCCGCCUGUUGUCCUGAAGCCGUCCGAGAUUCCAGCAAUCCAGCCGCAGCAUUCACAUGCAUCUUCCUGAACCGCCGUUGCGUUGCGCUGCGCAAGAAUCAGAAUCUCGUGGCGUUCCUCGGUACAGUUUUGCAUCAUACCUCAUUGCAAUGACAUUUCUCAGGAUGGCACAGGGGGAAAAAUGAUCUUGUUGUACAUAUUGAUCCGCUAAAACAUGCGUGCAUUCGCCGCGGCCUUCCACCUCGAUGAGCAAUGAUGCUUCGA